AUGGGUAAUACUCAAGUAUCUAAAACUCUAUUAACUUUUAAGGAUAUUUUUCCCACAUGUAAGAGCCUGUAUAAUAAUAUUCUUCACCAAGGAAUUAAUCAAAAUGUAAUAAAAAAAAUAGGCCUGGUUUGCAAUAGUUUUAGUAAUACUUAUACUCCUAAUGCUUUGACGUAUAAUAGUUUUUAUUCAACUUGCCAAAAACUUGGUCUUUAUCUACAUGAAUUAAAAAAUAUGAAAGAAGAUAAAAGAAAACCAUAUUGUAAUUUUUAUAUCUACGAGCUGAAACGUGAAGCAAAGAACAAAAGUCCUAUUGUUGUAUCGUUUGAUGAUCUUCACAAAAAACUCAUAGAUGCAUACAGCAUAUCAGGCGUACGAAUACCUGAUGUAUGUAAAGAAUAUGUAUCAAAAAUGAAUGACGAUGUAUUUGAUAUAUUUGAAAUGUUUGAUAAAUUAUAUGAUGAUUUUAAAAAUUUUAAAAAUCAGAAAACUACUAUGCAAGAUUACGUUAGAUUAUUUGUAAUCAAGUAUGACAAAAUUUUAGAAAAAAAUAAAAAUAUUAAUAACAAUACUAUUUUUGAAGAACUGGAUAAACAUAAACGUGAAUUCGAUGAAUACAAGCAAAGAAAUCCUUACGCAUGUGGAAAUGAUUUAUUGAAUUGUUCCUUGAUGAUACCACCAAUAAACACGACCAAAGCAGAAGCGUUAUCAGGAGAUACUGCAUCUUCAGUGACGUGGACUAGCACAGGGGUUUUAUUUUUUGCAAUAUUUAUAAUUAUGUUCAUCUUGUAUAAUUAUACUGCUUUUGGAUCAUACUUUCUGCGAAGGAGAAGAAAGUUAAGAAAUAAGUGGUAUACAAAAAAUAAAAAACAUUACGAAUUAAUGAAAUUAUAUGAACAGUCACAAAAAAAUAUAAUUCAAAAUAAACACAAUAUAUUAUAUAACUCAGUAGACUAG